AUGAGGAAGUGCAUGCUUCUUCUGCUUCUACCCUUGACAGUCCUGGCGAGUAGAUCGCCGGCUGCAGUGUUUGAAGAUGUGUUUGAGUUGGGCCGACCAAAUGCAGGCUUUCGGGCGACGACUGAAAGUCGGAACGGAAUGAAGGCAUACUUAAGAAAAAAGUAUCGCCAAAUGCGAGAUCCACUGCCACAGGCCUCAAUGAUGGCUGCUUACACUGCUGCCCACGAGCGGUACCAAAACAUGGAAGAGAAACAGUACGAUCGCGUACGUGUAGAAAAUUUGCGCAAACUGUCAUCGGUUCGCACGAAGCGCUUAGAUGGACAGCCAGCAGCGGAGAAGAAGCCGAAAAGACUGGAAAUAGUUCCACGGGAAAUGAUCAAGUUUGAGCUGUCCGAUGCCAUGAUAUUCACUCCGGACGUCGAUUCGCAAUCUUCAGAUCAAACGAAAGCGCGCACAAAACGAGAAGAACAAGGUUCGCCAUCGGUUCGCGUGGAGCCAGUUCCUCGGGAGAUACUUCGAUUCGAGUUGACUGAUGCAAUAGUAUCUAGACAGAAAAGUGAAACGGUAAACGGUAGUUCGACAGUAGCUCGAAGGCAUCGCCGGUCGGCCAGUCCCGAUCCGCGUGAUUACGUAAAAUUUGAGCUGGAAGAUGCCAAGCGGUCCGAACCUUACACUGGAAACAACGCAAAGGUGACAGAAAAUUUGCGACAUCCCUUUACGUCUUCCGACAGUUACAGGCGUGGAAAGGUGUUUGACGAAGUAGUGGAGCGUCCGCAGUCGGGCGGAAGACACUCUGAGUCUAGCAAGAAAGAGAAACGGGAGAGUGUGCAACCGUUGGAAGAAAACGAAGGAAACGAUAUGAACCCGGAGGAGUCUAGGCGCAUUAAGAUCAGAGGUAAAAAGCAGAAGCAGAUUGCCAACUACGAGGAUCUUCCACUUGGUGUGCAGAAGGCGAUCGACAUAGCGCUUAAGGAGAAUGAUCGCAUGAAUGGAAAAGGAAGAGAUAGCGCACUGGAGGGUUCGGUAGUUCAAUCUACUCCCAAGUACUUCUUCGGUGACAAGAAACCGAAGACAAAAAAACCGUACAGCGCUGCGACAAAAAUUUCCGAACCAAAGUUUGUCCCGAGUGCUAAACUGUCCGAUACUCAGCUGCCAAUAGUAGAAGAGGAGUCUAACGGACAAACUGGCUUUAUUCCGAGCAGGCCAAUCAGCACUGAUGCUGUAGUUUCGUCGGAAACGAGCGAUGCAACCAAAUCAAGGGGCUCUUCACUGCAGGGCAUCCCGAAAGCGUGGUGGUCAUACUCGGAUCUGCGACGACCGAAACGAUUAUAUCAUAAGGUUCCGGUACAACCGUUGGUAAUUAGUCCGCAGUACGUGAACACUUUUAAGCCGGCCAGUGAACAGCAGAGUAAGAUGAACGAUCUUUCGCCGGGUUACCAUCCACGAUCGGUUUUCUUUUCUCCGGUUACGUCUUCUAAUGGAGUGGCGACUGCACACUCCGCUGAUCAUGAAAGUUAUAAAACAUCGUUAUCGGAUGGUCCGGAAGAAGUUGUCAUAAAAGAACGGCCCAAGAUACAAUACGUGAUAAAAGAGAUACCCGUGCCGGUACAGAUGAAGCAGCCUCGCACCAAGAUCACGGUACAGCCUAGUAUAUCGAUAUCCUAUGAUAAAGAUGUCACAAGUCCCGGAACGGGUGGAGGUGCUAGUGGUCAGGGAUAUGACAACCCGUAUGGACCAAUCGAGCUACAGUACGGCCACAGCCAAACGGCAAAAGAACCAGCACAGUCGUUCCAAAGCAUGAAAAUAGUGAUACCAGACUCUAAAGAAGAGUCUCGUGAGCAGGAAAAUUACUACGAUAGCAAGAAGUACUCGCGGCUAAUCGAUACAACGCAACCCACCCCUACACAGUCUAACGAAAUAGACACAUCCGGGGGGAGCAUUGCAGCGUUAUCGGCCUUAAUUGGACAGCGACCGAGUGUGCAAUUGCAGGGACUAAAUCAGCUACUUCACAUGCCCGUACCAAUGGGUGGCCAUGAGAAACAGCAUCGUCCUCAGGACAGCACUGCUCCAGUGACAUUCCCGGAAUCAUCAACACCGACACCGAAGCCAUCACGGCCGGGUUAUCGAUCGGUCCAAAUCGAUCAUGGGCCGAAAGGAGUGUAUGAUGAUAGCAUUUAUCAUACGGUCCAGAUGAACCCACAGCUACAGAUACCGUCGAGUAAGGAAUACACGCCGAUCAAAGAAGAUGUGUCCGACGUUUUGGACUCCGAUUUUGAUGGACCCACUAUUGGGCCUCCCACUCACACGGCGCAUGCUGUCAGAUCGCAUACGCCUAUUCCGGCCCAAAUAGUAGAACAUCACGAAUUUAACGAAGAGGAAGCUGGCCAUGAAACAAACGCGUACCGUCACAUCAACAUCCACAGUACUCCAGCCCCUCCGGAGCACAGUGAAUCGAUAGCACAUCACUAUCAAGAGCAGCAUCACCACCAUCAUCACCCUAGCAGCGAUCAUUAUGAUGACUCGGAAGGGUAUGCGUUUGGGUACAGAGUUCGAGAUUUCCACACUGGAAACGACUUCGGUCACGUGCAGAACCAUGACAAUGGUGUUACGCGUGGAGAGUAUCAUAUUUUACUGCCGGACGGUCGAGUGCAAAAUGUGCGCUAUACUGCCGAUGAGAAAGGUUUCCAUGCAGAUGUCACAUACGAAAGCGUCCAUCCGGCGUCACACAGUCGAAAGUGA